AUGGCGAUCCAGCUGAGCGUGAGCAAGACCGAAGUGGUGUUGGUCGGCGGCGACGAUCAGAAGAGCUGCAACGGUCGCCUGCUGUGCAGCUUCACUUCGCUUGAGGUCCUCACCGAAGGGCAGCCCAAGGCGAGCCAAAGCGGCGAUCAGGCCUCGACCUCGGCCAAGAGCCAGCAGCAAACCGACAGAGAGGAUACGAUCGUGCUCAAGGUGACUGACUUGACCCUGCUCGACGUCUCCUCUACAUCGACAUCGACCUCGGACGGGGGCUCGCUCGUCGACUUUGCCAUACCUGUCUUGAACAAGAGCGGCAUCAAGCUCAACGUCAAGCUCCAGCGUAAGGGCGGAGCCUGCACCAGCCCCGGUGUCGCUGCCACCAACGUCGACAUUAUCCUCUCCUCCCAGCCGUCGUUCAACUUGGUCAUGUCGCAGCGUCACCUACGCCUCCUCUCCAGCAUCGCGAGGGCCGUUCGAUCCCGGCCCAGCCAAGCCUCUGGGCUAAGCACCGCACCUUCGACGGCCGCUCAGACCCACGUGGUUCGACCUUUGGCUAUGAGCGACCUCUCCGUAUUCUUCUCGCUGCCGGAGGUCAGCGUGUGUCUGUCGAUGGACGCCGAGAAGGAGGAAAUGGGCGAGGAAGAAUACCUGCGUGUGCUGCUCAAGAAGGUUCGCGGUGUGUUCGAGCGCAGAGGCGGACCUUCGCCUAGCUCAGCCUACCGCAUUUCGCUGGGUCACCUGUCGAUUGAUCGCUCCAGAGAGGUGCGUCACCCACUCUCCGCUGCCGUCACCCCACAUACCGAAUCUGAUCAUUUGGCGCAGACAAAUCGGCAGCUGGACACUUUGACCAACCGGCUCUCAGUAUUUGGCCACAAGUCCUCGGGCACGGCACCAGGCCAGGAGAAGCCGUUGGUCACGAUACACGUCACUCAACACCUCCAUCAAGGUAAGUUGUGA